AUGGCCACCUGUUUGCUGAAGGAAUGGGUUGACACGCACGAGUCCGUCGUGACAGUGGCGCAGGACCUCAUUGACCCCGUGUCGAUUGUUGCUCUGUAUGGAGAGGACGACCGAUCGAUUGUGGCACUACGUGACUUUCCACUCGGUGCGAAAGUGGUGACGCUGAACGCCGGGGCAUUUCUAAAUGGCAGUUACUGGCUGGACCAACUCGACGCAAAGGGUCGAGUCCAGUUGACGCAGCAGAUGGACCUGUUGCAAGUGAGUGGCACGAUAAGAACGGCAUUGGCAUUGCUGGCAGAGCGCGCACGAGCGAAGGAGAGUGACUUCUAUGGCUACAUCCAGCAACUGCCGACGACCCUUUCGCUCCCUUUCGCGUGGGACCCAAAGUUUCGGCACAUGCUUCAACACACUUCAGCGUAUCCGCUACUGGACGACAAGGUCGUGCUGAAAAUGUACUCGCACUAUGUGGCACCGCUGGCCGAGGUCUUUCCGACAAUCUGGCCGAGCGAAACGUCGACGCUGGAGAGCUUUCAGUGGGCGUACGCGACCGUUGUAUCGCGGGCCUUCAACGCCACAGGUGCACUGGAGCCCACUUUACUUCCAGUGAUCGAUAUGGCCAACCACGAGGCUGAGAAUCCGGCAGCGCACAUUGUCGAAACGGACUCGGGCAGCUUUCAGCUGGUUGCGCUGCGCAAGGUGGAAGCAGGCGAGUCAGUUACAAUCUCGUACGGGAAUCUAUCAAAUGCCCAGCUCUUGUGUCGUUAUGGUUUCGUGCUGCCCUCACUUGUGCCGUCGGACUCGAUUCAAAUCACCAGCUCUGAGGUCAUCGAUGCUUUUCAUACUCGCUCGCAAAGCAGCGAAGACGAAGAAGACAACGUCCCUCGCGUGGGCAAAGGCAAAGCUCUGGCAAACUCGGUCAAGCGUCAGAAACGAUGUCAUCCAAAGAACGACAGUGAAUGCCUGUUUUUCUUACUGCAUGGAGACGCCGAACGCGAGUAUGGACUGGGUGAUGCGCUCAUGGAUUUUGUGAUGACAUCCCGAUUGCCUGCCGAACAGCUCCACGACGUGCUGAUCGCGCUUCUGCAAGAGAAAGACAAAUGGUACAGCGACAUGCUCGUGAUGUCUUCCGAGACCGCCGUCCCCGAAGUGAACGCUAUCCAGCAGCUCUGCCAGCACGAACGACACAUUUGUCGCCGCAUUUUGCUAGGACUGAUGUCUCUCGAGGAAGACUCGGAUCUAAGCGACGAGGAGAACUAG